ACGUUUGACUUGAGAGCUGCUGAUUGUAGGCUACUUUUCGAUGUACAGUCAGUCAAAGCGGACAAGUUUCAGCUGUUGUUGGAGUUUGUUUUUUUCUAACGGAAAUACUCUUGGGUUUUCAUAGGCUCCAUUGAGCAAAGUUUUGUCCUGGGCAUUAUGUCAGUAAACUGCCAAGCAGCCAUCCAGGGAACAGGGCAGCGUGGUGAGUUCAGGGGCUAGCUGGCCUGCUGUAAAGCGUGGCAGCUGGAGUGGUUGCUGGGAUGCUACGGAAGAGCAGCAGCAGCAGCAGCGGUGGUGGUGGUGGGACUAAGCACGCCCAGGGUCUGCCUGGACACCUCUCCAAGCCACACACAGGAUCUUUGUCAGCCGGAUCCACCAAGACCUGGGGUAUGGGCCCCAGCUCAAAGAACCCCAAUCCCCUGAGCAGCAUGGGGCUUACAUCUCACCUGGUGGGGGCACCAGGAGUGGAUCCAGAGUAUGUAAUGCAGCUGGUGAAUGAUGUACGGUGGUUCGCUGAUGCGUUGCUCAGCCUCAAGGAGGCUAUCCAGUGUAAAGAGAAUCUGGAAGAUCUUCAGGAGGUGGUGCAGGAGCGUUUGGCAGAGUUACUCCGCGUCCUCAAGGCUGUCAUCGGCAAACAUCAGACCCUCAACUCGGCAGACAUCCUGGGAGUGGCUGGAACAGUCAUUGCCAAGGUCAAAGGCAUUAACUUCAAGGAAGUGAACCCAGAAAACACAAAAGCUAUAUUUGGCGAGAUACACACAUCCAUUGACACUUUGGCAUUCACAUUCGGCAAUGUAGUUUCUGACUUCCUUAUGGGAGAUGUGGACAGUGGCUCAGGGUUGGGGAUCCCCCACACCAGGAGAAGCAGGUCUUAUGACAAUCUCUCUGUGGAUCCUGAGGAAUAUCUUUCAGAGAAAAGUGACAUUGUGGGCCCAGAGGUGCCGUUGUCACGGGAGGAAGAAGUCGACUUGACCCUGCUGAAGAAUGACAGCGGGGUGGAGUCUGCUCUACUCUACGCCAAGGCCUGGUCCAAGUACAUCAAAGACCUUCUGGCCUGGAUGGAGAAACGACUGGCUAUGGAUAUUGAGUAUGCCAAAAAUUAUGCCAAAAUGGCAGAGUCUGUAAAGACACUGGUCAGUCAACAGGACUACAUGCCAUUCAGUGAUAUCUACGUUUCCACAUUUAAGAACGACAUUGAAUACAGACAGCUGCUCAUUCAAACUGCAAUGGCUCUUCAAACGAAUAAAUUCGUACAGCCUCUUCUGGCCCGUAAGAAUGAACUGGACAAGUUGAGGAAAGACAUCAAGGACCAGUGGCAGAGGGAGCAAAAGAAAAUGCAAGAGGCAGAUGCAACCUUGCGUAAGGUGCGAGUGCUGAAGGCUCAGAGGAGAGAGGAAUACCAAAGAGCCCACUCAUCUACCAACCGCUCCCAGGAGGAACAGUCUAAUGCUGCCAACAAACAGCUGGAGAAGAAGAGGAGGCUGGAGGAAGAGGCUCUGCAGAAGGCGGAGGAGGCCCAGGACCAGUACCAGAGCUGUAUGGCUGACGCAGGCGUCAGGAGGAUGGAUCUGGCCAACACCAAGAGCACCAUCCUCACACAGAUCCGAGAGAUGGUCUUCCAGUGUGACCUCACACUCAAAGCUGUGACAGUGAACUGGUUUCAGAUGCAGCAAGCACAGACUGUGUCGCUUCCUGCCCACUACCAGGCUCUGAGCGAGAGUGCCAAGUUGUAUGAACCAGGUGAAUGCUAUGCUGAGUUCGUCCGGAACCUCCCCAAACAUCUGCCUAAAGAGCGAUUGCACUCAGACUCCAUCUCCUCUGACAAUACCAGGUUUGUGUUCAAUAAAAGGUCAGUGGGCAGCACUCAUUCCUCCCACGGCAACCUGUCACAGGCAUCCAUCACCUCCGGUGAUGUGCUGAGCGGAGAUGAAGGCCGGUGUAGUCCCCUACACCGGCCUGCAAAGAUAAGCGAGCGGAGGUCCAACAGCAGCACAGACAUACAAGCGCUGAGAAGCCAGGCCCCGCUGAGAGCCUGGGCCUCCAGUAGUCAGGGCAGCCAGGGCGGGAUGUGCAGUGACUCGGAGAGUGCGGGAGGCAGCAGUGAGUCGAGGUCCAUGGACUCCCCCACUGCCAGUCCAGGUGACUUCAAACGACGGCUCCCAAGGACUCCCUCCACUGGGACCAUGUCUUCUGCUGAUGACCUGGAUGAGAGAGAGCCACCAUCGCCCUCAGACAAUGGUCUGGCAGAGAUGGUGACAGAGACAGCCAGUUCUCCUGGUCCCUUCCGAAAUGCUCAGAUGUCCAAAGCUGCUCAAACGCAUAAGCUGAGAAAACUAAGAGCCCCGUCUAAGUGCAGAGAGUGUGAUAGUCUGGUGGUUUUCCACGGAGCUGAGUGUGAGGAGUGCUCCCUGGCCUGCCAUAAGAAGUGUCUAGAGACGCUUGCCAUCCAGUGUGGCCAUAAAAAGCUGCAAGGCAAACUACACCUGUUUGGUAUCGAUUUUGCCCAAGCAGCAAGGAACAGUCCAGAUGGUAUCCCUUUUAUCAUCAAGAAGUGCACGUCUGAGAUUGAGAGUCGAGCCCUCAACAUCAAGGGGAUUUAUCGUGUGAAUGGUGCCAAAUCACGUGUGGAGAAGCUCUGUCAGGCGUUUGAAAAUGGGAAGGACUUGGUUGAGCUGUCUGACCUUUCACCUCAUGACAUCAGCAAUGUCCUCAAACUCUACCUGAGACAGUUACCAGAGCCAUUGAUCUUGUAUCGAUACUACAACGACUUUAUUGGCUUGGCCAAAGAAUGCCAGAGAGUGAUCGUGGAGGAGGCUGACAAACCUCCGAGCACCCAGACAGGAGAGAAAGGCGGGCUGAGCAUCCAGCUCAACAGAGUCAUUUUCAAGAUCAGAGACCUUCUCCACCAGCUACCCACAGCCAACUACAGGACUCUGCGCUACCUUAUAGCACACCUAAACAGAGUAACUGAGCAGGCAGAGGAGAACAAGAUGACUGCCAGUAACCUGGGCAUUAUCUUUGGCCCCACACUGGUCAAGCCAAGACAGACAGACGCUGAGGUGUCCCUGUCCUCCCUGGUAGACUACCCCUACCAGGCCCUGAUGGUGGAGCUGCUGGUGCGACACUUCCAAACGGUCUUUGACGUAUCACUUCUGUCUGGCUCUGACAUCACCACAGCUGGCCAGGCGUCCCCCAAACUCACCCCCCAAGAGAAGGCACAGCGGCUCAGCAGACACUCCACCUCCCUGAUGGACAUCAAAGAGAAUGCCAAAGUAUACAAAAGAUACUCCUCAGUAAUCCCAUCCUCACAUAUCCUGGAUGAGGUUCAGGAGGUCCAGCCAGGAACAGAAGUCUCAGCCCUGGACAGACUCAACGGGAUCCAGACACCUAGUGGCGGAGAAGUCCAGAGGUCAACCUUAGUGUUUGGCCGUCCCAGCACCACCAUCCCCUCCACCACCACUGUGGCACCAAAGGUCCAACUACGCACCCAGCGCACCAGACAUGUGUCUCGGCCAAUCAGCAUGCCACUGGAACGCCUGCCCACCCCCGUCCAGAUCAGCGAGAGGAAUAACCGGAACACUGCUGCUAAUGUUGACACAAGCUCUGCUGAGCGGGGCCCCGUCUCUGAAACUAUACAGGAGAUACCAGAGCCAGAAAAGGCUCGCCAAAGUGGCUCAUCCAGGGUUAGCACCUACUACAUCACUCCUUUCAUUGACACACAGACAAUGCAGAGGAGAACGUGGGACAGGAAGUACAAGCACUAUGAUGUUACACCCAGGACUGCUAUGAUUGUGGCCAACCUGCCAUCUGCCAGCUCUGGAGUACAACCCGUAAAAGCCACGACACCUGUCACUGUUAGCCCAGCAGUAACCACUACCACUGUGGUCCCUACCACAAGUAGUGUGAGCACCAUAUUCUCCAACAACCCCUACGCAGUGUCAGCGAAGCUUGUCUGGACUUCUAAAAGGGAAAAUGACACAGAUAAUUCAGUGAGCGAGUCUAGCAGCUCACCCAACCUUCCGCUAACGCUCAGGGCACCAAGAACUCUGCAGCCUCCUCCUGGAACUUUCUACAAGCCUCCUGUUUCUAUUAACAGCAGAGCUAGGACGCUUCCAAACUGGACUACUACUGUUACCACCACCACCACCACCACCACCUCAUCGCUCGCCCCCACCAGCCCUGCUGAGGUAGUCACGCCGUCCCCUGUCCUUUCAAGCCCCCCACAGACACGGCUCCAGACACAGGACUCCACUGACAGCGCCAUUGACCCCGGGGUCUCGACCUCUGCUACCCUUCCCCCCCAGUCCCCACCCCCAAGCAGCCCUGACGACCUCAGCCCCAGUGAGUCUAAACCCGUCUACCAAAGACUGCGACCUCGGCGGCUGCAGGAGCUUGAACACAGAGAGGCCCAUUUUGUCUGAUGCCAAAAAAAACAAACACAUUAUAUCUGUAAAUAUGAAUGUAUCUGUGCCAUAGUGUAUACUGGGGAAAACAUUUUUAUUAUACAAGCUGAGAGAGCGGAGAAAAUGUUGUCCUGUGAAAAUAAACCAUGAAAGUGUUAAAAGUACUAAUAUAUUGUAUUUUACAUAUUCAUGUGAAAAUGUCAACAGUGGUUGGUCUCCCUAGCAUUCAAAACAAAAUACUAAGUGUGAUGCCAACAUUAAAUGUGUAGUGUUAUGUUUUUAAAUAACAAAUACAUGAAUUGUCUAUUUUUAUGUCAAAGAAAAUUUGCCAACCACAAAUUGACAUCUGUCUGUAAAGAAUUGUUUGAAUUGAACAGUUAAGUUUAUGUCCAAUGUUUGAUUUGUUACUAUUUGUUAUUUUAUUGUAAUCACACAAUGCACUUAAUGCAGGUUCAAAUUCUAAUGUUGCCUUUAAUGUUAAAGUUUGCUUAAUUUUGUAUUUUAUUCCACAAGCAACAGAUGGAGGUAUUUUUAACAUGAGGUUUUUUAAUUUUAGAGUUCAACAUUUUUACCUUUAAAUUUGUCCAUUGUAGCCUGUGAUUGGUACAUCUUUUCUCAGUAUGUAAACCUUAUGUAUCUGUUUACGUUUUUUAUAUUCAUUCAUACAUACUGCAUGUUUGUCACAGUAAUUUUGUCUUAUCACAUUAUUGUGACUAUACAGAAGAAAAAUGACAUGCAACAGUACUUGCUGCAAAUUAAAAAUGUAGCUUAAACUGUUA